AUGAAUAUACUUCAGGCUUUCCCAAUAGGGGCUCCUCUUGUCUCUUACAUUUCCAAAGCAAUCCUAAAUAUUACUCAGGACCUUAAUAAGAUGCAAGAAUUGGAAACCAAGAAUCUUGAACGUGGAAUCAAAUGUGAAUAUCCUGAUUCCACAUUUUCUUCAGAUGAUUAUCCUAGUCUCAGUGUGUACAGUUUCAGUGGCCUCUGCAUCAUCACAGGAAUGGCUUCAGUUUUUUCAUAUUUGAUACAUUUGAUUAAACUCCGCGGUAAGAGGCUGUCCGCUAUGAAUGUUAUGCACCCGGAUAGCCCACUUUGCCUUUGGUCCGUAGUUACUAGAAGGGAAAAGUCUUGCCGCAUGGAUCUCCCUCAUAAUUUAAGUGGCAGAGCUGAAGCAACGAAUAAUGGUGAUCAUUUACAGAGCCCUCCAACAGCUUUUGAACAAGAAACUGUGAAGAUCGGAAAAGUUGGUGAAGAAAAUGAAAUUCAUUAG